CGCGCACUUCCGGCUGCGUUGCCAGGGCGACGCGGGGGGUGCGUCGCCGCCAUCGCCUGCGCCGCCGGGAUGUUCAUCUACCUGUGCAAGAAGAUUGCGAUUCCUGGUAAUGUUCGAUUAAGAUGUAUUUCCUGGAAUAAGGAUCAAGGUUUCAUAGCCUGUGGUGGAGAGGAUGGAUUACUGAAAGUUUUAAAAUUGGAAACACAGUCAGAUGAAGCAAAAAUAAAGGGACUUGCAGCUCCUAGCAAUCUUUCUGUGAAUCAAAAUCUUGAAGGUCAUAGUGGUUCUGUGCAGGUGGUGACAUGGAAUGAACAGUAUCAAAAACUGACUACCAGUGAUCAAAAUGGACUCAUCAUUGUGUGGAUGCUGUAUAAAGGUGUGUGGUAUGAAGAGAUGAUUAACAAUAGAAAUAAAUCUGUUGUUCGAAGCAUGAGCUGGAAUGCUGAUGGACAAAAGAUCUGUAUUGUGUAUGAAGAUGGAGCUGUCAUUGUUGGAUCAGUGGACGGCAAUCGCAUUUGGGGAAAAGACUUGAAAGGCAGCCACCUGUGCCACGUGGCUUGGUCCGCCGACAGCAAAGUUUUGCUCUUUGGAAUGGCAAAUGGAGAGAUUCACAUUUAUGACAGUCAGGGAAAUUUCAUUGUGAAAAUGAAGCUGAGUUGUUUGGUGAACUCAACUGGAGCAUUCAGUAUUGCUGGGAUACAUUGGUAUCAUGGUACAGAAGGCUAUGUUGAACCGGAUUGUCCUUGUCUUGCUGUCUGUUAUGACAAUGGAAGAUGCCAGAUAAUGAGAGAUGAGAAUGACCACAAUCCUGUUUUGAUUGACACCGGUAUGAACGUAGUAUGUAUUCAGUGGAACCACUGUGGAAGCGUAUUGGCAGUGGCAGGCACCCUAAAAACAACUUCUCAAGAUAAAGAUAUAAACAUUGUGCAGUUCUAUACUCCAUUUGGUGAGCAUUUGCGCACACUGAAGGUUCCUGGCAAACAGAUGCUAGCUGUGUCUUGGGAGGGAAGUGGACUGAAAAUUGCACUCGCUGUUGAUUCUUACAUAUAUUUUGCUAACAUCCGACCAGAUUACAAGUGGGGUUACUGCUCCAAUACGGUUGUUUAUGGAUAUACCCGACCUGAUCGUCCAGAAUGCUGUGUAGUCUUUUGGGACACAAAGAACAAUGAUAAGUAUGUGAAAUAUGUCAAGAGCUUGAUUUCCAUAACAACUUACGGAGACUUCUGUGUUUUAGCAACUAAAGCAGAUGAAAAUCAACCUCAGGAGGAGCAUGAGACGGAGUCAAUUGGUGCAACGUAUGUGCUGGUUCUCUGCAACUCUAUUGGCACUCCCUUGGACCCAAAAUAUAUUGAUAUUGGGCCGUUGUUUGUCACAAUGACCAAAACACAUGUGAUAGCAGCUUCAAAAGAGGCGUUUUACAUCUGGCAGUAUCGUGUGGCCAAGAAGCUCACAGCAAUGGAAAUUAAUCAGGUAGCCCGGACCAGAAGAGAAGAUAGGGAAAGGAUUUAUCAUAUUGAUGACACCCCUUCAGGAUCUGCGGAUGGACACCUUGAUUACAGCAGAGCUAGUGAAGGAACAAGAGAUCCAAUUUGUGCCAUAACAGCAUCUGAUAAGAUCCUCCUUGUGGGAAGAGAAUCUGGCACUCUUCAGAGAUACAGUCUCCCCAGCGUUGCUUUAGUACAGAAGUAUACGCUGAACUGCCGUCCACAUCAGCUGUCUUUGAAUUGCAACUCCAGUCGUGCUGCUAUCAUAGACCUUUCAGGUGUUUUGACUUUCUUUGACUUGGAUACACGAAUAGUAGACAGUACAGGACAACAAGUUGUAGGUGAGCAGCUGAAACUGGAACGCAGGGACGUCUGGGAUAUGAAAUGGGCCAAAGAUAACCCAGAUUUGUUUGCAAUGAUGGAGAAGACAAGAAUGUAUAUUUUCAGAAACUUGGAUCCAGAGGAGCCUAUACAAACUUCUGGGUACAUUUGCAACUUUGAAGAUUUAGAAAUCAAAUCUGUUCUUCUGGAUGAUAUAUUAAAGAAUCCUGAACAUCCUAACAAAGAUUACAUCAUCAAUUUUGAGAUUCGGUCAUUACGAGACAGUCGAGCAUUGAUUGAAAAAGUUGGCAUUGAGGAAUCCUCCCAAUUCAUAGAAGACAAUCCACAUCCCAGACUUUGGCGUCUCUUGGCUGAAGCUGCUCUUCAGAAGCUGGAUCUGCAGACUGCUGAACAAGCUUUCGUACGAUGCAAAGAUUAUCAAGGUAUUAAAUUUGUGAAGCGUCUAGGCAACCUGCAGAGCGAGUCAAUGAAGCAAGCAGAAGUGGCAGCCUAUUUUAGCAGAUUUGAAGAAGCAGAAAAAAUGUAUCUGAAUAUGGACAGAAGAGAUCUUGCCAUUGGGCUACGGGUAAAACUGGGAGAUUGGUUUCGAGUAUUGCAGCUGCUGAAAACUGGCUCAGGAGAUUCAGAUGAUGCCCUUCUUGAACAAGCGCACAAUGCUAUUGGAGAUUAUUUUGCAGACCGUCAAAAAUGGUUAAAUGCUGUACCGUAUUACAUACAAGGACGAAACCAGGAACGUUUAGCUGAAUGUUACUACAUGCUAGAGGACUACCAAGGACUGGAGAACCUAGCUAACUCACUUCCAGAGAAUAAUAAAUUGCUCCCUGAUAUAGCCUACAUGUUUGUAAGAGUGGGGAUGUGUGAACAAGCUGUGUCAGCCUUUCUGAAAUGUAAUCGACCAAAAGAUGCAGUGGAUACCUGCGUGCAUCUCAAUCAGUGGAAUAAAGCUGUGGAGCUGGCUAAAAAUCAUAAUAUGAAAGAGAUUGGAUCCUUGUUAGCCCGAUAUGCAAGUCAUUUACUGGAAAAGAAUAAAAUCCUUGAUGCUAUAGAACUCUAUCGUAAGGCCAAUUAUUUCUUUGAAGCCGCUAAGCUCAUGUUCAAGAUCGCAGAUGAAGAGGCAAAGAAAAGGACAAAGCCUUUGCGUGUUAAAAAGCUUUAUGUAUUAUCAGCCUUACUUAUAGAACAAUGCCAUGAGCAAAUGCAAAAUACGCAGAGGGGAAAAGUUAAAGGAAAAACUUCAGAGACAGCUUCAGCUUUGGCUGGCUUGCUAGAAGAUGAUGUUCUUUCUUUAAAUAAUCGCUUCGCAGACAAUGCUUGGCGAGGAGCUGAGGCUUACCAUUUUUUCAUUCUUGCACAAAGACAGCUCUAUAAAGGUUCUGUAGAUGCCGCGCUUAAAACAGCUCUUCAUUUGCGAGACUAUGAAGACGUUAUCCCUGCAGUUGAAAUCUAUUCCCUUUUGGCACUUUGUGCAUGUGCAAAUAGAGCAUUUGAUAUUUGUUCAAAAGCCUUUGUUAAACUAGAAUCCUUGGAUACUCUUCAACCAGAGCAGAGGCAGCAGUAUGAAGACCUUGCUCUAGAGAUAUUCACGAGACAUUGUCCGAAGUCUAACAAGAAAUCUGAUCUGGAUGAUGUUCUUGAGAGCAGAGAGGAGAAACUUCCUGUAUGUGUUGCAACAGGAGAGCCUAUCAUGGAGUAUCGAUUCUGGAUGUGCAGCGUAUGUAAGCAUUGCAUGAAAACCAAAGAAACAAGCAACUAUAAAUUCUGUCCUCUGUGCCACAGUACGGUAUAGCAGAGGAUAACAGGUUGUUUAUCCUCAUUUGUUACAUCUCCUAAAAAUACUCUCUAAAAUGUUACUGUUGUACUAUGUUUUAAAAUACAACUCAGGUACCGAUUGUAACAGAUAGUGCCACUAUUAGAGAAACAUUUAAAAAUACCCCAAACCCACAAGAAAGAUCUUUUACUGGUUCCAUUUAUGUGAAAAAAACAACUUAACAUAAAUGUUAAUAAAGUCAGUUUAUUUUUUUACCUUUUUUGUGCAAAGUUUUAAGGUUAAAGCAUUCUUUUCUAAUUGUAAAUCGGUCCUAGUUUCAAAGCUAUAUGAAUUGAAUGUGGGUUUCUCUUAACACGUUUUACUCUGAGAAAGCUCCAUUUUUUUGUUUUUGUAAUUCCACGGGAAAUUAUUGGACUUUCUCAAAAUUCAGAGUUUUCUGAAGGAAGCAAUUCUCAAUUUGAAAUAAUGCCACAAUAGUUGUGAUAGUAGAUAGAUAUGUUUCACUAGAGCAAUGUACUGGUUUAAGCACACAUCUCUGCUGUUUUCUUUUGCCAAGUAUAUUUAAACCCACCACAGCAAUAAAGGGCUUGCAAUCAUUUACCCAUCAGUGGUGCCAGUCUGCAUCUGUGUUCUCAAGCUUUGGGGAUUUCUUCCACCAGUUCUGGAAAGCUAUGAACCUGCUAUCUAGAAUAGGGUAAUGAGCUCUUCUAAGUAGCUUGAAGAGAGCAGCCGACAUCUCUUGAACAGAUUCUAAGAGUUGAACUGUCAUCCUUGUUACAGACGAAGGUUUAGGAAAUGUUCUUUUACUUAGAACUGUGCUGGAUUUGAGCCUCUGCUCUGGUGGUGCUGCAAGGCCCUGCUCCAUGCUAUGAGCUUUUCCAGGACCAGACAGCACUUGGCAGCCUGGCAGCAGCCACUUUGUGUGUUGGUUUCUGCCAGAGGACUGUGAGGCCUCGUCUGUGUUCUCUUUCACAUCAGUAUUCCCUUUCCAUUAAACAUUGGUGACAAUAAACCCCGUUUUCUAUUGAAAGUAUUAACUGUCAUUCAUAUUUUUAUUUGUUUUCUGUCCUUUUCCUUUGUAGAAAUGUGUAGUAGAGGGCUGUGCCAAUUAAAUCAUUCUGGGCUGUGCCAGUUACGUCAUUCUAUGAAUUGCCAAUUCAUAGAAUCACAGAAUUGUUUGGGUUGGAACAGACCUUAAAGCCCAAUCCAGUUCCAAACCCCCUGCCGUGGGCAGGGACACCUCCCAACUGGAUCAUGUUGCUCAAAGCUCCAUCCAACCUGGCCUGGAACACCUCCAGCAAUGGGGCAGCCAUGACUUCUCUGGGUGACCUGGGCCAGGGCCUCACCACCCUCACAGUAAAAAAUUUCCUCCUAACAUCUAAUCUAAAUUUCUCCUCUUUUAGGCUAAAACCAUUACACCUUAUCCUAUCCCUGCACUCCCUGAUAAAGAGCCCCCUCCAGCUUUCCCGGAGCCCCCUUUCAGUAGCGGGAGGCUGCUCUAAAGUCUCCCUGGAGCCUUCUCCAGGCUAAACAAGCCCAUGUGUCUCAGCCUGUCCUUGUAUGGGAGGUGCUCCAGCCCUCAGAUCAUCUUUGUGGCCUCCUCUGGACUCACUCCAACAGAUCCAUGUCCUUCCUAGGCCGAGGACUCCAGAACUGGACACAGGACUACAGGUGAGUGCUCGUGAGAGUGGAGUAGAGUGGCAGAAUCGCCUCCCUUUACCUGUUAGACCAAUUAUGUAAUUCCCGUCCGUUCCAGUUCUCUUAUUCUGUGCGUCACCAGCAGGACUGAAUUGUGGAAUGAUCCGGUUUGGAAGGGACCUACAAGGAUCAUAGAAUAGUUUGGGUUAGA